CUACGCGCCGCACUCUUGUGAACAGGAAGUGUCGCCCACUCGGCCCCGCAGGACGCGCAAAAAAAAGGACUCACAAAAUGGCUUUAAUGCGUGGUCCAGUGGAUGCCUCUGGGACAUCAGUGACUGACCUGCAGGAGAACGCUUUGCAGGACACCCUACAGUCGGAAAUCAGAGAGAGCCAACUUGUGCAGUCGGAAAUCUCUACUGUAGCUGUAGCAACAGAUCACCUCGAGCUCCACAAUGAACAUGCUUCACUUCAGAGUGAUGCAAUACCUGAUGAGAUUCUUACUGCUCUUACAUCAGCCGUUGACCAAAGUAGCCCCCCAAAAUAUCCCAAGGGUGCCAGACCUAACAAAGAUAUAAAGAGUCCUGGUCUGAAAGUCGCUGAUCAUGUGUGGCAUCAUCCAGUUCGACGCCACAAAUUCAAGUACAUGAUAGACCAGCCAGUCACCGUAUCCAGUGCCGGAAAGGAUAUUUCUUUCCUUUAUAAUGCUGUUUUGUUGAACCCUCUGUCUGCUGCAGGAAAAAGUAUGGGAACAAAAAAAGCUUCCACUGAGCUGAGUCUGCCUGAAAGUUUGAUUCCUGAGGAUUAUCACAUAGUCGAAAACAAAGGAGUUUUGGGCUUGAAAUAUUACGAAGAUAAAUACACUGUUCAUCUGGAAGAUCAGGAAAAAAGACUGAAGGCGUUCCCUUCCAUGAAACCCAGUGGGAGAUUAGAGGCCAUUCAACUAAUGAAAACAAUGGACACAAUGUUAUCCAAAGCUGGAGUAGAUGAGAGCCUUACUGAAGUAAAAGGGCCAACAGAGAUGCAUAACCUGCUUGAUUUGAUCAAGACAGAGCAAAACAUCUACAACAUUAUUUUUCAUGAGCUCAUUCGGCAGGUUUCUGUUGAAUGUGCAGAAAGAGGAGAAUUGCUGGCAAAACUGAGACAGAGGUACGUGAUGCUGCUAGACCGAGUUCCGAGGCAUCUGAAAGCCUUGUACAUGGAGACUCUAGCACAGAGGGCAUUUGACAGGCAACUCACAGAAGAACUCAUUCAUUUCAAAACAUCCAUUGGACAACUAAACAAUGAGCUGACCCAGGUGAGACAGCAUGACCUGCGGGUGUCAAGAGAAGUGGGACAAGCUCAUGAGGAAAUGGCAGUGGCUCUAAAGGAGGCCAAGAGAAAUGCAGACCUUGUUGCAGAGUAUCAUGAGCUGUAUGAGCUGCAACGGCGCCGGCUUGAGGCACAAGUGUCCCGUCUUACUGAAGAAAGAGAUCUUUGGAGCCGAGUAACUUACAGUUUAGCGUUAAAGGUGAUUGAUAAGAACAAGCUUCAUCUGGCUAGGAAGCUGAACCUGAGUGAUAUAUCAUGGACAAGAAUUUCAUCUCAUUUUGCUGUGCUUUUGGCUUCAUCGGACACUGAAGACCUGAACAAGGUUAUACAGCUUGUAGAUAAGUGGAAGGAUCUUGUCUAUCAAUGCAAUAGAGAGCUUGAGCAAGCAUGGGACUCAGGUAGAGAGAAAAUAAAGCUUAUAGAAGCGGACAUCACCAAGUGGCACGCUCACUUUAAUGAAGGCAAUUCAGCCAUGGAACAACAAGGAUAUCAGAGGGGACCAGAAUUUAUGCUACUACAAGACCUGAAGCAAUGGGAGGAGAUGCUUACUGUUGAAUCCACACGCUAUGGGGGAGAAGAAUUGCUUUCUAAUCAGGAGAACGUCAAAACCAUGGCCCAGCUCCAGCAGGAAUGGAAUGAUAUUCUUCUUACCGUACUGGGAAGACAUCCAAAUGUAGAACAGGAAAAUACCAGUGUGCGAGAAACUAUGAAGGAAAUUACCAAAGUAGUACAAGACUUGCACCAGGAACUAGGAAUUCAAAUCACUGGUGAAAAUGGUGCCUGUAGAUUUCUUGUGAGUUUAAUUAAUGACAUUGAGUCCUGGACAGCAAGACGUGCGAACACCAGUGGUGUGACGAGAAUUCCACUCUACAGUGACUGUACGAAACUAUUUGAAUGUGUUUCUGAGUGGCUCAGAUUAUGGAAGGAAACCUUACAGGUGCCUAAAUCUCUUCAACAUGACAAAGACCAACUGAAACCUAAUAUGCAUGGAAGUUUUGCUCCCCUUGAGGUAUUCCCCCGCCUUCAAGAUUUCUUGUCCGCUUUUUCCUACUUUGUGGAGUGCGAUAAUUCCAGACUUAGCGAAGAGGUAAGUACCUUACACAGCCGACUUACACAGUGGAUGGUGGACCUACUUCUUUAUGUAGUGCCUGACCGAGGAGACUUGCUGCCUUCUUUAGAUGAUAUCGAGCGAGAACAGGCCUGGCUAAAGCUAAAAGAUGAGUCGCAGACUCUAGCUCACAGUUUGAAUUUCUUUUCUGAAUCCUUAACAUGCUCAUGCAAGGGAAUUAUUGAGAAAGUUGUUCAGGAGAGAAGAGCCGACAAUGAAGAGAAUCCAGAACAAGAGCUACAUGAGCUAGAGAAAAUCCAGAAUGAAUGCAACGAUUGGAAGGAGACAUGCCAGAUCCUGUUGGUACAGAUUCAAGAUUCUCCAGCUAGUCUCUCUGAAGCGGAGUCUACUGUGACAGAGUCCAAAGCAGACUUGCCGCCUUCCCAGCCCACAGUAGCUGCAGAGUUGGAGAUUAAAUCAAAGGAAACAGAGAAGUCAUUUGAAGAAGUAGGUGAAUCCACAAACCAUGAAGCUAUCAAGGAGGCAUCUUGCAGCAAAGAAUCAAAUCAGGAGCAGGACAUCAUGGACUUUAAUGCCGAAGCUUUAAAAUUUAUUGCUCACGACUCAACCAUACAAGAGAAGCUUCUUAAGGAAGAUCUAAUUCCUGUAACAGAGAGUGAGGCUAUGGUUUCCCGACCUCAAACACCCAGGUCAAGAAGAGCCUUUGAAGCACUGGCUGCAGUUGAAAUUUUGCAGCAUCAACUCUUGAAGGCGGAGGAGCGCGCACAGAAUGCAGAGCAGCAAGUUGUUGACAUCAAUGAACGUCUGCAUGUGGCACAUGAGAAGAUCCAUGACUUGGAGCUACAGCUUAAAAGCAAAGGCAGCAAAGACAACGCAGGUGAGAGAGAAUUGACUUCAUACUUUAAAUUAAACCUUACUGUUUUGUACUGAUAGGGUCCUAUGGUGACCCUAUGAUAUCAUGGCAAGCUGUAAUAGACGAGUAACACUUUAGUGCCAAACAUUGUUUAGAACGCUACACCCAACAGUGACCUACAGUAUAAUAUACAGUAACACAUCGUGGACAUUUUUAUUCAAAAUACAACUUCUAUAAUUUGUUUUCUAGCUGAUACGUAACU